GUCAGUUUUCGUUCGAGCUCUUCAGAUUUGGAGAGCGCUUAAGAGAAAGGGAAGGAGUGCCGCUGCCGCGAUUUGAGCCUGCCCUUACAGAUGAGAGUGAAAAAACUGGCGCUGUUCCGACAUCCACACCCUGAGAAACUUAAAACUCAAAACCUUCCACCGAACUUUCGUGCAAAAUGGGGAAUCGUGUAGUUCGCGAAGAUUUUGAGUGGGUUUAUACAGAUCAGCCUCACGCGUACCGGAGAAAAGACAUUUUGGGUUGCAGCCCAACCACGUCAAAGCUCAUUACCAUAAUGUUGGCGGCACUCUGACGCCCACACCGUCCAAGACUCGCCGCACCGCUUCUCGCCGCCGAGAGACGCUGGCUGUCAUAGAAAUUGAAUGACUUCAGGUCGAUUUGACGCUCUCGACGCCUCUGGUCUGAACGCACGAUAAAUAUCCAGAGAUCAAGUCUCUGAUGGGACCUGACACUAGACUUAAGUGGAUCGUCUGUAUGAUGGUUGGGGUCCAGUUUUUGGCAUUCUACCUGUUGAAGGACCUGCCCUGGAAAUGGGUCUUCUUCUGGACAUAUGUGUUUGGGAGUUGCAUAAACCAUUCAAUGACACUAGCUAUUCAUGAGAUUUCUCACAACACCGCUUUUGGUAACAACCGUGCAAAAUGGAACCGCUGGUUUGCCAUUUUUGCCAAUCUUCCCAUUGGGCUGCCUUACUCUGCAUCAUUUAAACGCUACCACUUAGACCAUCAUCGGUACUUGGGUGGAGACGGUGUGGAUGUUGACAUCCCCACUGAUUUCGAGGGCUGGUUCUUCUGCACCCGCAUACGUAAGCUAAUCUGGAUCAUGUUUCAGCCACUGUUUUACGCUAUCCGUCCCCUCUGCAUCAACCGCAAGCCCAUCAGUCAAUUAGAGCUCAUUAAUGUGGCCGUACAGUUCAUGUUUAAUGCAUUGCUCUACUGGAUGUGGGGUGCCAAGCCCUUGGUCUACAUGAUGAUGGGGUCGAUGUUAGGGAUGGGUCUCCAUCCCAUUUCAGGACACUUCAUCGCUGAGCAUUACAUGUUUCUCAAAGGCCACGAAACCUUCUCUUACUAUGGAUCGCUCAACCUGCUCACCUUCAAUGUUGGGUACCACAACGAGCACCAUGACUUCCCCAGCAUACCAGGACGCAGACUACCCAUGGUGAAGAAAAUAGCAGAAGAAUACUACAAAGAUCUCCCUUGUUACACGUCAUGGGUGAUGGUUCUGUAUGACUUUAUCAUGGAUGAUGAAUUGAGCCCGUACUCGCGUGUGAAGAGAAGACUUACAGGGGACAUAAAACAGGAGUAACACCUGAACUAUCAUUGAGCACAACAACUGGAACACAAUUCUGCUCACCCGAACAAAACCGUAUACUGUUUGAAUACAUCACAUAUAUCAGAAACAAAAUGGCAAAAUUAUCGUUUGUUUGUAGUUGGUGUGCUGUUUUGUUUUAUUAAAUUUUCAUUCUAAACCAAAAUGCUGAACAGAUCUUUUGCACAUGGUCUGAAGUCUGGGCUGUUUUCAUGUUUUGCAUUUGAAUGCUUCUACAUUUUUAUAGACUAUGAUAUUUUCCCCACUUAUGAGCUUUUAAUAUGACAAACAUAAAUGCGAAAUUUGAAAAUCAUUUCAUUAAAUGUCACAUUCAUUGUGUAACUUCAUAUACUGUUACAAUCACUAACAGUGUGUCAAUACUGUGCGAUUAACACGUGAAUAAGGAGCUGCUGUAUGUAGAGAGAGCUCACAGGGGUAUAAUAUAUUGUCAUUUCCACCAUUAAAUCAAAAAACUUGUUGAAUAAGGUUAGACACCAUGCUUAGUGGCACAAUCUGAGAUAUUUUUAACAAUGUGCACGUUGACUCAACGUCAUUUGUUUAAUCAGAGUCAUUUGCCUUGGGGUUAAAAUAAAUUAUGUAAGUAGCACUCUCGUUGCCCAUAAGGACAGUGUGUGAUUUUGAUAAAGCACACCUUCUGCAACGUCCUUUUAUAUAUAUACAAUAAAGUGUGUAUAUAUAUAUAUAUAUAUAUAUAUAUAUUACAUCUUUGAUCAUGAAAAAAAAAAAGUGUUGACAUUUAUCUGAUGAGCUACAAUUUUUCCACAUUGCACAAUACACAUGAAGAUACAGCAGCACAGUGAUACUGAGGUUACUUGAAAUGUGUGUUAAAAGAAAAAGACAUAACACUUAUUUAUCUUCACAUUUAUUAAGAAAAUAUUUUAACAGAAGUUGAUAUCCAAAAACCUAUAUUUCUGAUUGUCAUCAGCGAUGUUAUCUUGUGAGGGAGUCUUUCAGUUUUUCAUACAUCACUCGGUCCUGCAAGGAUGACAAAAAGGAACCACAAAUAAAAUAUACAAACUACAUCUCACUGGCUAUGUGAUAAACUUCUUUACUCUGCUGUGUCUAUUUAUGAAAAUCCUAAUUCUAUAAAGGAGGGCAUCAUACUAAACUAAACCAGUUUUUACUAAAAAUGUUAUGCUGGUCAACAUUCCAGAUGGGAAUCACUCUGGUGUUUAUUUUACACUGUAACGUGGGAAACUUCUACAGUUUAUCACAUUUUUAAAACAUUGACAGAUAAUUCCAAAUGUCAAGUCAAUUUUAUUUGUAUAGCGCCUUUCACAACACACAUCGUUUCAAAGCAGCUUUACAGAAGAUCAGCAUUAACAGACGAUAAAACUGUAAUGUCUAUAAAGUCGAUGAAUCAUCAUUGUGCAAUUUAGAUAAAAUACAAUAAUGUUUAAAAAUAAGUAAUUAAAUAGUAAUUGUAUUAAUAACCCCAGUGAGCAAGCUGUAGGCGACAAAUGAUGUCCUUUCUUUUGACAGAUAAACAAAAUAAGAAAACCAUUUAAAUCAGGGGUGUCAAACUCAUUUUAGGUUGCGGGCCACAUUGAACUAAGCGCCAUAUAGAUUUAAUGUUUGUAAUGUUUUUAUAAUGAUUAUUACAUGUUUAAAAAAAUAAUGCAUUAAAAUCAAAGUUUAAAUAAAUUUUUCAAAAUUCAAUAUCAUCACAUGAUAUCAUAUGAACAAGUGUUAUAUCUGAUUUAAAUUCAGGAACCUAUAAAUACAGUGUUGGGGAGUAACGGAAUACAUGUAAUGGAAUUAAUUUUUUAAAAUACUAGAUAUUAGUAACUAUUACACAAAUCAGUAUACAGCAACAUUUCAAAAGUAUUUUGAUUACUGAAAAGCUAUAUAUCAAGAGAUUUUAAUUUAAACAAAUGACAGUAAAAUGCAUGUUUAGAAUAAAUGAUGCAAUCUGAGGUGUGUUGAACAUUGGUGAAACACUUUCUUAUGAAGAUCAGACAGGGUGCUUUCACACUGUUACGAGUGAAAAGUUUUGGAAAUUAUGUCAUUGAGGAACUUUUGUGUUUAAUGUGCUUUCCAAGCUGGAACCAUUAGAGAAAUAAUAGUUAAGUGUCGGGGCAGACACUUGUGGUCUCGUCAAGUGACCAGUGAGCUUUAUUCUGGGGCUCUCCUAUGCUAAAAUGACUAAAGAAAUGAGAGAGUGGAUGUAGAACAGUCAGAAAUCCUUCAGGUGUUUUUAAAUAUUUCCGGUUUCAGUGGCAAACCCAAAAUUAAAGGCUUAUAACUUGACAAAAAAUAACCCAAAACCAACAAGGAUGGUCAAGUGUGUAAUAUAAAGAAACUUUUCAAAUUCUUUAAUGUUUAAUGAAACUGCUGAAAAAUCAUUUAACUAUCAACAUUGAGUCAAUAAUGUUCUUUUUUU